CACCAAUAGCACCUCAGCGUUCAGAGUGGUUUCUGGGCCGUUACCCUCGCUCGUCUGGUCGUGGGCGCAGCUUCCGGCUGCGUUGGGAGGUCGUGCGGCUGGAGGACUCGAACCCAGAGGGAGCGGCAGCAUUCAGGGGACAUCAUGCCAACUGCCAAGCAACUGGCUGACAUUGGCUACAAGACCUUCUCCACCUCCAUGAUGCUCCUCACCGUGUAUGGGGGCUACCUCUGCAGCGUCCGGGCCUACCAUUACUUCCAGCGGCGCAGCUCCCGGCGCCAGGCUGCGGAAGAGCAGAAGACCUCGGGAGUCCCCUAGGAGCAGGGACGUUUUUCUUGAGCAGAGAGGCCUGAGGCAUGCUAUGGAAAGACCUCACCUGCAGUCAUUUCUGAGUCAAGAGGACUAGAGCCUUAAUGGUUUCUGAACUCUGCUGGGAGAAAGUGCCCAUGUUUUUCUCUGGUGCCGUCAGUUUGGAGAGGCUGGCUGUCAAGUCACAGCAGGAAUGGGAGGGUGAGGCACACCUACAGACAUUAAAUGUUUUGCCCCGUC